AUGGCUUUCCUAAAGACUUUCCUCGCCUCGCUGCUCGUUGCGGCCCCCUUGGCCACCGCCGCUCCCACUGGUAUCGCCGACUCCCUCGGUGACAUGGCCAACGCUGUUGGCAGCGAUAUUGGUAAAGGCCUUGGCGAUGAACUCGACAAGAAGAUGGGAAUCAGUGCUUUCCUUCGACCUAUGCUUAGCAACCCCGAUGCUCUUAACAUUGUUCCUAACUCAUACAUUGUUGUCUACAAUGACACCUUCGACGAGGAGACCAUCAGUGCUAAGGAGUUCUCCAUCUCCUCCGCUAUCAAGAAGCGAAACCUCAACAAGCGAAGCUCUGUCGGCAAGGCUAUGUCCACUACCAUCAAGUCCUUCCGCUUGAACACCUGGCGUGCUAUGGCCCUUGAUGCCGACGACAUGAUGGUCCAGGAUCUCUGGAACUCUGACGAGGUUGCUUACAUCGAGGCCGACACCCGUGUUCAGCUCAACGCCGCUAUUGCUCAAGUCAACGCUCCUCCUGGCCUCGACCGCCUCUCUUCCUCCAAGGCCAACGCCGAGACCUACGUCUUCGACGACUCAGCUGGUGAGGGUAUCACUGCUUACGUUGUUGAUACCGGUAUCAAGGUCGACCACAGCGAAUUCGAGGGCCGUGCCACUUUCGGCGGCAACUUCAUUAACAAUGUUGAUGACGACGAGAACGGCCACGGUAGCCACGUUGCCGGAACCAUUGGUGGUGCUACUUUCGGUGUUGCCAAGAAGGUCGACCUUGUUGCCGUCAAGGUCCUUGACGCCUCAGGUGGUGGUAGCAACUCUGGUGUUCUUCAGGGCAUGCAGUUCGUCGUCGACGAUGUCAAGAAGAACAACCGUGCUGGCAAGGCUGUUAUGAACAUGUCCCUUGGUGGUGACAAGUCCGAGGCUAUCAACCGUGCUAUCGAGGCUCUUUUCAAGGCCGGUGUUGUCCCCGUUGUGGCUGCUGGUAACGAGAACCGGGCUACUUCCCUGACUUCUCCUGGCUCUGCCCCCAACGCCAUCACUGUCGGUGCCAUCGAUGCUACUAGUGACGAGCGUGCCGAAUUCUCCAACUUUGGUCCUGAGGUCGACGUUUACGCCCCCGGUGUCGAUGUCCUCAGUGUUGGUAUCAAGUCUAACACUGACACUGCCACUCUUAGCGGUACCAGCAUGGCUUCCCCCCACGUUGCCGGUCUCGCUGCCUACCUCAUGGGUUUCCAGCAGCUCGAGGGCCCCGAGCAGGUUGCCAGCCUCAUCAAGAGCCUCGCCACCGAGAGCGGUGCCAAGGUCCGCAACAACGUCCGUGGCACCACCGACGGCAUCGCCAACAACGGCAACCAAUAG